AGCGCGUGCGCGGAAGAGCCGAACCGCCAGCGGGGAAGGGAAGGGAAGGGAGGGCACGCGCGCGCACGACUCACUCCUUGAGUCCUCGUGCAAACUGCGAACCACCACCCACCUCGCCCCCACGUUGCGGUGCUGCGCCGACGUGCGCCUCCGACCCUCCCCGUCCCCGGCCUCCCGCGCGGUUGCCGAUCGAAGCGGCCAGGGCGGGGCGCGGCGCUUGGUCUGGUUUGCUCCCUCAUCGCGGUUUGCUCUCGGCCAUGGUCGCCUCCUCCUCCUCGUCGUCCUCCAGCUCCGUCCCGUCCAGCGCGCACCGGCGCCGCCUCGCGGACGUGGAGCGUGCCUCGGCCGCCGACUGCUGCGGCGGCCCGAGCGACGGCAGCGACGACGGGACGAGCGAGCGCCGCGGGCACGGCGCCGGCGCCGGGGGCGUGAAGGCGCUGCUGCUCCUGGCCCGGAGGAGCGGCUGCAAGCGGGUGCCGGCGGUGGCCUGGGUGAGGAGCGCGGUGGCGUGCCUGCUCGGCGUCGCCGUCGUCCUCGUCCUCGUCACGAGCUCGCGCGGAGGCGCCGUCGGCGGUGCGGGGAGGCCGCUCGUUCGCAGGGUGGACGCCGGCGACGGCGGGGCGCUGGGGUGGAGGGAGGAGAACCUGACCGCUGUCGCUCGCCGUCCGCCCGACCCGCCGAUGACCCGGAUAUGGAUGAAAUUGGAUAGCAAGGGUUACACAAAAUGCAUUGAACGCCCAAGAAACCGUUACAGAAUCAACAGUGCAACGGCUGGUUAUAUAAUUGUCAACGCUAAUGGUGGACUGAACCAGAUGAGAAUGGGGAUAAGCGAUAUGGUUGCAGUUGCUAAGCUCAUGAAUGCCACCCUAGUAAUCCCUACUCUGGAUCACAAAUCAUUCUGGACUGAUUCGAGCGAUUUCAAAGAUAUAUUUGAUGUGGAGCAUUUCAAGGAAACUUUAGAAGAUGACAUCAUGAUUGUGGAUUCCUUGCCACCAACUUACAAAAGAUUUAAACCCUAUAUUAGAGCACCCAAGUCCUGGGCCAAGGCUUCCUAUUACAGAGCUUUCACAAGGACACUGAAGAAGGCCAAAGUUGUGAAAUUCACACAUACAGAUUCACGGAUUGUUAACAAUGGUCUCCCUCCUUCCAUUCAACGACUCCGAUGCCGGGCAAACUAUGAGGCACUGAGAUACAAGCAAGAAAUUGAAGAGCUAGGUAAAACGCUAGUUGAAAGACUGAGGAAUCGGUCCAGCCACUACAUCGCACUUCACUUAAGAUACGAGAAGGACAUGCUCUCGUUUACAGGCUGCAGCCACAACCUAACACAUCAAGAGGCAGAGGAACUUAGGGAAAUGCGACUCAAGGUGCAGCACUGGAAAGAGAAGGAAAUCGACAGUGAAGAGAGGCGACUCCAAGGAGGCUGCCCUAUGACUCCUCGUGAAGCAGCCUUUUUCCUAAAAGCUAUGGGUUAUCCUUCCAGCACGAAGAUCUACAUUGUAGCAGGUGAACUAUAUGGUGUACAUAGCAUGGAUGCAUUGAAGGCCGAAUAUCCAAACGUCUACACACAUUAUAGUCUCGCAACAGUAAAUGAAUUAGAGUCUCUCAAGCUGUACCAAAAUAGAUUAGCUGCUGUGGACUACAAUGUAGCCCUCCAGAGUGACGUUUUUGUGUAUACAUAUGAUGGAAAUAUGGCCAAAGCAGUUCAGGGUCAUAGAAGAUACGAAGGAUUCCAAAAAACCAUCAACCCUGACAGGCAGAAACUUGUCGAGCUCAUUGACAAGCUUGACGAAGGUACAAUAAAUUGGAAUGAGUUUGAAAGUGAAGUGAAGAUGCAUCAUGGAAACAGGCUUGGAGGUCCAUAUCAGAGGUUGUCUGGUCGAAGUCCAAGGCAAGAGCAGUAUUUUUAUUCAAAUCCUCUUCCAGGGUGCUUGUGUAAAAGAAACACACAGGAUCAAGUGACAUGAAGUUACUCUACAGAAAAUGGAUAGCUCAGUCUUCAAGCUUAAA